UCCAAGACGGUGCAACACUCGCCGGAGGACCUUUUUGCGGUCGUUGCGGACGUGGAUAGGUACCGAGAGUUCGUCCCCUUCUGCGCGGGGUCCCGGGUGCUCCGGCGAACCUCGCAUUCGCGCUUCGAGGCGGAGCUGGAGAUCGGGUUCAGGCUCUUCAACGAACGCUACGUCUCCGACGUGUCACUCGUGCCCGGCGAGUCCGUCACGGCGGAAGCGGUCAGCACCCCGGGAGGACUCUUCGAACGACUGGUGAGCACGUGGAGGUUCGAGCGCGGCGCGCACCCGCGCGAGUGCGUGGUCAAGUUCGACAUCGACUUUCGCGUCGGAUCCGUGUUGCACGCGCAGGCGGUGCGACUGUUCUUCGAGGAAGUGUCGCGGAUGCAGAUAAACGCGUUCGAAGCGCGCUGCGACGAGAUCUACGGA